GUGAAGAGUGACGCUGCCUGUCAAGAUAUAUAUUACCAUCGUAGUUUCUUCAUGGUGUACCCAGCUAACUUAUGUGCCGGUGGGGACGACAAGGACGCCUGCCAGGGUGACUCUGGAGGCCCUCUAGUGUGCUGCACCAACUCCACCGAAGACCUGGCUUCCUGCAGACUGACAGGCAUCACCUCCUGGGGGAUCGGCUGUGCCACAGAGGGAAUUCCAGGUGUUUACACAGAGGUGGCACACUACGUCGGCUGGCUGAGAAAGACCAUCAGUAAGGAAUAUGGCGAGGACGAGCUGAGGACACUCUCAUUCUUCGAAGAAGAAGAUAAUGAAUAGACAGAUUAUAGAACUGAAUUGGAAGGAACAGUCUAUUAUCCUCAAAUACCAGUUAAAACAGUUAAUAAUAAAACAUAUUAAGCUGAAUAUGAUAGGAUUUACAUACAACAUAAUUCCACUGGUAAUCGUUUUAGAUAAAAUUAAAAAAUAAAUAAAACAUAAAUAUAUCAAAUUGAUGUCAGGCAGCCCUGACAUCCAUCAUUUACAAGAUUAGAACAAGAACCAGUAAUAUUGACCUAACACCCAAACAACGUAAAACGGUUGUUCCUACAAUGGUUCUGCUGCAUUAUAGGUUCACUGUAAAUUCUUGCAGCAAGUCUGGAGAUUUUUUGACAUAUGUGCGGGACCGCAGUCACACCGGAUGGUGUGUACAUGAUAAUAACACGAGUUAACACAGUAUCAGUAGUUAUAUGUGAAUAUUUACGUUUUGUUAUGGCAGUGUGGAUGAUAACAGCAGUACAAGUAUCACGAGAGAGGAGCUCACACAGCUGACACAGCUGACUGAAGAUGUUCGUUGUUAGUAAGCCAAGACCAGACAACACUGGAAGUAGAGAGACAACACUGGAAGCAGAUAGACACCACUGGAAGCAAACAGACACCACUGGAAGCAAACAGACACCACUGGAAGCAGACACACCACUGGAAGCAGACAGACACCACUGGAAGCAGACAGACAACAAUGAAAGCAGAUAGACAACAAUGGAAGCAGACAGAAAACACUGGAAGCAGACAGAAAACACUGGAAGCAGACAGAAAACACUGGAAGCAGACAGACAACACUGGAAGCAGACAGACAACA